AUGGCUAGCUCGUGGAUGUCGCUAACAAGAUGGUUAAGCAUCGCUGUGGUAUUGGUUUUACCGAUUUCGGGUUUUCCGAGCCAAGAUUUACAGCAACUUGGCCUUACACUUGAUCAACAAAGUGCACUUAGCGACGCAGUGCAGUUAAAUUGUGGAUUUGAAAGCGAUUUUUGCCAGUGGAAAAACAUGAUCAUCGACGAUUUCGAUUGGAGUCGUAGGCAAGCGAUGAGUUGUACCCCUGAUACAGGACCUAUAUUUGAUCAUACUUUCACCAAUGUCUCAGGCACUUUCGCUUUAGCUAAUGUAGCAUCUUAUGCUGCUAAUAAUCGGGCAAUCUUAUUUAGCCCUCUCAUAACUAGCGCUCAAACCAGAUGUUUAAGGUUUUGGUAUAAUAUGUACGGACAAGAUGUUAAUGAGCUCUUUGUAGUUAUCUCCAAUGCUGGCAAAGUAUGGAAUAAAGUAGGUAAUCAAGGACGACAAUGGAAUUUGGCCGAAAUUGACAUUAGUAGUAGCUACCUAAACUACACGAUCUAUAUUGGUGCAGUGAGGGGAAAUGGAGUACAAGGAGAUAUUGCCCUAGAUGAUGUAACAGUUACUAACCAAUUAUGCAAUAAUCCAUGCGAUGCCAGUCCUUGUCUUAAUGGUGGAACUUGCGUACCGGUUAAUGCUCAAAACUAUACCUGCACAUGUACUAAUGAUUACUCAGGCCAAAACUGUCAAACCUUUGUCAAUGUCCAGGUUCGAUUAGUUAACGGCAAUAGUACGUCUGGGCGAGUAGAAGUUUACUAUGGCGGCGAAUGGGGUACAGUCUGCGAUGAUAUCUGGGAUAUCAAUGAUGCUACAGUAAUUUGUCGUCAAUUAGGCUAUCCAGGGGCGGUUGCAGCUAUCAGAAAUGGAGGAUUCGGUGCAGGUACAGGUACUAUUCUCUUGGAUGAUGUCGCUUGCAACGGCAACGAAAAUAAAAUUGAAGACUGCUCUCAUUCUGGAUGGGGUCAAACCAAUUGCAAUCAUAAUGAAGAUGCAGGAGUUGUAUGCCAAGCCAAGGUUCGCUUAGUUAACGGUGGAGCGGAUUAUGGAAGAGUUGAAGUGUAUCAUGAUGGAAGUUGGGGAACUAUCUGCGACGAUAGUUGGACUAAUACUGAUGCUAGUAUCGUUUGUAAGCAACUUGGAUUUACUGGAGUCUCAGAAGCUGUUUGUUGUGGUACUUAUGGCGCUGGCACUGGCACGAUUUGGAUGGAUAAUGUUUAUUGCGUUGGCACUGAGAAUUCUAUACUAGAAUGUUCUCAUAACGGCUGGGGUGUUAAUAACUGUCAACAUACUGAAGAUGCUGGGGUUCGUUGCCAAGUUUCUAGCCGUAAACGUAAAUUAGACCAUGAUAUUAAAAAGCUGGCCAGUGAAUUACGUGCUGGUAGAAAUAGAAAUCAUGAGGAUAUGAACUUUUUAAGGAUGAUGAGAAUGGAAUAUGAACAACACCGACGAGAUAAUAAGAACGACGACGAUGACGAUAGUCCGUAA